AUGCGGUGGUUGUUCUUCUGCGGGUUGUUUGCUCUGGCGUUGGGAAGUCUGGAUGGGCCCUCCGAAUCGGUGCCCAACGAUCAGCCGAUGCCCGACGUGGCUGCAGCUCAAGAAGACGCCGAAGAAGCGAAUGUGACGGCUGACGCGGUCCAGGAGACGACAAUGUUCGAUGAGACGGGAGGCCUUGCCGAGAACGUUUCGGAAAUCGCGACUGUAGCGGUUACCACAGCCAGCACUACUGUCAAGAUUAUUUCGACGACCCCAAUGCAAAUGGUGCCGACCAGUGGCAACAUCGACCCGGCGCUUCACCGUGAUCAGCCGGCUCAGCCUAGCGAUACCAUCGCUACCGAAUCGUCCGAAGACGUGCAAAACCCGGAAAUCGCCAGCUCUUCCCUACGCCACCUAUUUAUUUCAUUCCCGGCCCUCGUUGCCUUUCUGCUCUUC